GUAUUUUUUUCGAAUGAAAAUUUCACCCGAACAAUGUCCGAACAUCAAACAAAUAAUAAUAUGAAUAAUAAUAAUAAUAAUAAUGAAAUGGAUGAUUCAAAAAAAUAUGGUGGUUGUGAAGGUCCUGAUGCUAUGUAUGUUAAAUUAAUUUCAUCCGAUCGACAAGAAUUUAUUAUUAAACGUGAACAUGCUCUGACUUCGGGUACAAUAAAAGCCAUGUUAAGUGGUCCAGGUCAAUUUUCGGAAAACGAAACAAAUGAAGUAAAUUUUCGUGAAAUACCAUCACAUAUUUUACAAAAAGUUUGUUCAUAUUUCACUUAUAAAGUUCGUUAUGCAAAUAGUGCAUCCGAAAUACCUGAAUUUCAAAUUGAUCCAGAAAUUGCCUUAGAACUGUUGAUGGCUGCAAAUUUUUUGGAUUGUUAAAUUCAUAAUGAUUGUCUAAUGGUUUUCUUUUCUGCUGUGUCUUUGAUUCAUCUAAGAACGUUAAUCAGUUACCUGAUUCUACCUGUAAUUUAUAAAA